AUGAAAGUUUUUCUAUUCUAUACCAUUUUAAUUUGUUCUGUUCUCUAUAUAAAUUUUUUUGUUUCUUCAGGCAAUGAAGACCAUCUAACGCUUGUGAUCCUACUCCUCUGCUCGGUGGUUCCAUUAAUUUCCGCCCAGAAUGCGGUUUGUGCGAAUCGAUUCAAUGAUCUCUCGUUCGCCGAUCCCGUCAGUUGUUCGAGCUUUUAUGUGUGCCAGCGCGGGAAGGCCGUGCGACGGGAGUGCUCCGAGGGUCUGUACUUCGAUCCGAAGAUCCAGGCCUGCAAUCUGCAGGGACUGAUCAAGUGCUUCAACGGGGACCGCAGUGUGACCUAUAUGGUGGGCAACAGGUCAUCGGUUCCGGAUGGCAGUGCCAAGGCGACUGCUGUGACGACAGCUUCUGAGACCACAACCUGUCCGCCGGAAACUACAACCACAACCCAGAAACCAAAACAACUGCUAAUAGAGUCCCCAAUAAUGGAUCGGAACUUAAGUAAUGGCACAAAAAUCAUAGUCGAUGUUUUAAGAUCGUCGCGCGAUUGCCGUGAUAUAAGCGAUGGAGUGUACUUGACGGAUCCCAGACAUUGCCGGCGUUACUAUAUGUGCACUAGGAACCGCGCCAGGCGCCACAAUUGCCCCCGGAAAGAGUGGUUCGAUCGAGAGCUCCUCAUCUGCCGAUCUCAAGAUGAAGUCCUGAAUUGCCCCUCUAACCGGAAUUAGACAAAAACGUUCUAGACAAAAUUAUAAAAGUAGUUCCUACUAUAUAUUACGAAUGUUUAUUAAAAAAACUUUUAUUAAACAAGGAAAUUCGCACAGCAAUAAAAUUA